ACCUAGACGUCCUUGUACCGUGCAAGGUCAUGGCGCCUCGUUUAAAAGCAGGGACGCAUCCGGUACCUUUUAGUGUCGUCAGGAUGGUCAUCAAGGUCGCUGCUCUUCUCCUCGUCUGCGUCGCCGUCGCUAGCGGCCUGCCCCACGGAGGGAAACCGGGCCAGUUGAGGGCACGUACCAACUCGGUGCCCAACCGCGCUCGCGCAUUCCAGCACUUGGUCCUUCCCCAGCAGCCCAGGCGGAACAUCAGCGGCACAAAGAGGGUUGAGGGCUGCGGCGUCGCUCCCUUGGCGCCGAGCAAGGAGUCCAGACUGUAUGGCGGGCGAGACGCAGUGCCCCACGAAUACCCGUGGAAUGUGGUCGUGUGGAUGGACCAUGCGUACUGGUGCGGCGGGGUCCUCAUAUCCGACGAGUGGGUGAUGACGAGUGGAGGCUGUGUCCAAGGGUCAGGCCUCAUCCAGGUCCUCUUCGGCGCCCACAACCGUGACCAGUGGGAGGAGUCUCAGGUCACCUACGAGACCGACGAAUAUUACGUGCACGAGGACAUCGACUACCCAGAGAUCUUCGAUAACGAUAUUGCUGUCAUUAAGCUGAGGCAGCCGAUCGGGUUCAAUGAUUACAUCCAGCCGGUGUGUCUACCAAGCUACUCGGAUGCUGCUGAUUCCGCUAACUUUGUUGACAUUUUUGUGACUGCCACUGGAUGGGGGGCUGACACCCACGGUUACCACCACGCGCUGCAGUACCUGGACCUAAAGACCAUCUCGACCCAGCAGUGCGUUGACGUCUACGGUUCAGUUAUAACGGACAUCUACCUCUGUACAGCGGGCGACAGGGGUGUUGGCGGAUGCAAUGGUGACACAGGCAGCCCCCUCAACUACGUGAAGGACGGCACCACCUACACCCGGGGCAUCGCUGUGUUCUGGUCCGCUGCCGGGUGUGGCGCUGGGGACCCGACGGGCUUCACUCGCGUCUCGAAGCACCUCGACUGGAUCUCGGAGAAGACCGGGAUCGCUAUCGACCCCUGAGGCGAAUGGAGGACCUCGACGGGGGGGG